UGAACCAUUAAAAUCGGAUGGAGAUUAUGAAUAUAGUUAUGUUGAAUUCGCAAAACCUGCUAUACCACUGUGGACCCAUUCUCGAUAUCGAACGAGAACACAUCUAUGCAAUAAUAUGGAACAACAUUUACCGGAUGCGGUAUUUUUAGCGCCCAAAUUUAGGACGGUCAAAAAUGGUGUCUGGACUGAUACCAAUAGCGCCGCAAAUAGUACAAAUAAUACUGGUGCAACGUCAUACACAGUCGGAUCCUCAUUAUAUCCGGAUGAUCAAAAAAAAUUGAGGUUUUCUGGCAUUAAUGGAUGUCCCGAAACUUCAACAGCACUUAGCCCUAUCUUUCAUUCAAAGUCUACCAGGGCUUAUCAAUCAAAAACUUCACUAUUUUUUCCAUUGAUCAUUAAUGAUAGUGAACACAAGAACUAUGCCAUUUGUGCCGGGAAAAUGGUAACGGUGGAUCAUGGAAAGUCACACGUUGCAGAACAUGUCACAUGUCUUAUCAGACCUCCAAAUGCGAUCAAUAAUGUCGGAGAU